GUUUAAUUGUAAGGGGUAAGAUCCCCUCCCGUUUAAAAUCCUCCAUUUAUCUCCUGUUUUUGUCUAGAUGAGUGAUAUGUGGUCAACAACACAUCCAAAGGUUAAAAAAUACCCACGAAUUUUCUCUUUGUUUUUUGAUCUUUCUUUCUCUAUUUCAUUCCGUCUCUCUCUGCCCCUCUCUCUCCAACAUCGUCACAGUCGCAUGAGAAUCAAAAGCAUAAAAAUCAUAACUUGCCAGAGAAAAAGGGAAAAAGCAGACAAUAGAUGAGGAAAUCCCAUCAGGCCAUCACCAAAUCCUUUUGCUCUAUUCCUUUCAAUGACUCUCGUGACCUUAGAAUCAACUUAAAAAGCUCAAGAACUCAAACCCUUUUUGGUACAAGUCAUGGCUUCCUCCUUUGGGUCUUGCCUUGAAGAGAGCAUGAAGAAGAAAGAGGCUGAGAACCCAGUUGUUUAUUCCAAAACUUGGUGCUCGAGUGUAUGCUUUCGCAAUUUGCUUCAAUCUCUUCGAGCUACUUCUUCCUCAUCCAAGAUUGGAUGUUACUAUGGAUUUUCAUCUCAGGCUUCAUCUUCUCCGCAACAAAUGUGCGAACCAUCUAUUUAUCGAGAUGAUGACUACGCUGAUUUGGACUGGGAUAAUCUUGGAUUUGGUAUAAUGCCAACUGAUUACAUGUACCUUAUGAAAUGUUCUAACGGAGAGGAUUUUGAACAAGGUCAACUUAAUCGUUAUGGAAACAUUGAGUUGGGCCCUGCUGCUGGAGUUCUGAAUUAUGGGCAGGCAGUGUAUGAAGGUACAAAAGUACAUAGGAAAGAAGAUGGGCGGCUUCUUCUCUUCCGUCCAGAGCAGAAUGCGAUUCGCAUGAAAUUUGGAGCGGAGAGAAUGAGCAUGCCAUCACCCUCCAUUGAUCAAUUUGUAGAUGCUGUGAAGCAGACUGUCCUAGCCAACAAGCGUUGGGUUCCUCCUCCAGGAAAAGGGUCUCUGUACAUUAGGCCUCUGCUCAUGGGAAGUGGUCAAAUAUUGGGUUUGGGUGCAGCACCUGAAUACACUUUCCUAGUAUAUGUUUCCCCUGUUGGCAACUAUUUCAAGGAGGGUUUUGCACCCUUGAACUUGUAUGUUGAGAAAGAGUUUGAUCGUGCCUCUCGUGGUGGAACUGGAGGUAUCAAAUCAAUCACCAACUAUGCCCCUGGUUUGAAAGCAUUGACUAAAGCAAAGAACAGAGGAUUUUCUGAUGUCUUAUAUCUAGACUCAGUGAAUAGGAAAAAUAUUGAGGAGGUCUCCUCUUGUAACAUUUUUAUUGUGAAGGGCAAUGCUAUUUCAACUCCUGCAGUAAAUGGGACCAUUCUUCCAGGAGUCACCCGUAGAAGCAUCAUUGAGAUUGCUCGUGAUCAUGGUUACCAGGUCGAGGAACGUGUUAUUCCUAUUGAUGAAUUGACUGAUGCCGAUGAAGUUUUCUGCACAGGAACUGCUGUUGGUGUUGCUUCUGUAGGUAGCACUACGUAUGAAGGGAAAAGGAUUAAAUUUAAAACGGGUGCUCAGACUGUGUCCCAGGAGCUAUACUCAACCCUUGUAGGAAUAAAAACGGGUUUGAUUGAGGAUAAGAUGGGCUGGAUAGUAGAGAUAGAAUAGUGACUAUACCAAAAUAUUGUCAAAAUUGUUGCUCUUUGGAACAGAAUUUGUAAAAAUAAACCAAUUUCAUAAUUCACAAUCUAUACAUCCAAAAUUGAAUGUGUUUGGUGUUUA